GUGUUUUUCUUCUUCCAAGUUCCAUAUAUCUCUUUUAUUAUUGCAUCUUCACAUAUAUAUAGCCAUUAUUAUUCUUCUCAAAUUUCCCUCCAAAAACAAGAACCCUUAAUUGAGAAUUGAUGAAGGAACAAGGUGGUGGUGGAGGGAGGAAGCAGGGUGCAGCAUCACCAUGUGCAGCAUGCAAGCUUCUAAGGAGAAGGUGUGCACAAGAUUGUGUAUUUGCUCCCUAUUUCCCAGCUGAUGAACCCCACAAGUUUGCUAAUGUUCAUAGAGUCUUUGGUGCCAGCAAUGUCAACAAGAUGCUUCAGGACCUUCCAAUGCAUCAAAGAAGGGAUGCAGUGAGUAGCAUGGUGUAUGAGGCCAAUGCUAGAGUCCGAGACCCUGUUUAUGGUUGUGUAGGUGCAAUUUCUUCUCUUCAACAACAAAUUGAUGUGCUACAAGCCCAAUUGGCCAUAGCCCAAGCUGAGGUGGUCCACCUUAAGAUGCGCCAACCCAAUUACAUUUCUAAUGGGAUGGGCCCCAAUAGCCCAACCAAUAGUGGGUCCCCACCAUCCAAAGUUAUGGACUCACAGGCCAAGCCUAUUUUUGGUAUGGACAUGGUGGUGGACCAGGCCAGCUAUGAUGAUUCAAUGUGGUCAUAAUUCUUGCUCAUUUAUGAUAUUGCAAUUACAUAUUAUAUAGUCUAUGGUUUAUUGUAUGGAAAAAAUCUCAAAUGUUCUUGGAACGCUGAAGUUUCAGUAAUUUUUACCGUUGAUUUUAAUUAUAAAAAUAUAUUUUAAAAUCAACAAUUAAAAUUACUGAAAUAUUAGUGUUUCAAAGAACAUUUGAAAAUUUUCUUAUAGUAUCUAUCUAAUUGAGACAUUAGAAGGAAAAGAAAAAAAAAGUUGGCUUUUUACAAUUUUGUGGCGGUUAGGGUUCGUUGUGGCGGCUGCGGCCGGGGUACUGCAGUUGUGGAGGAGCUGUGGCGGAGGCCGUUCGCCCGCUUGAAUUAGUUUGAUCGGGAGAAAUUGAAGUGGUUUUUUCAUUGGCCACAUUUUGUGUAAAUAUUAAUACUAUCACUUGACAUUAAAUGGAAGACAAAUUUAUGGUGUGA